AUGCGCAAAAAGGGCCUGGAUAUUUACAAGCAAGACAUCAAAGGUGCAGGCGGACGCAAGAUGCGCUACGAUCUUGAUCUCAACGCCUACAAGGACCGUAAACUAGUUGCACAGCCAAAAUCUGGAGGAAAAGCGAUUCAUUACUCAACUCUGAUUAGACAGGGCGAGAAAAAGAGAGUAGAUAUCGAUGCGGAGCGGCUAAUGUGCAAGACUCGGAAGGUAUUUUGGGCAUAA